CAGAUAUAUACGUAUUUUUCAUUUUUGCAAUGAUAUCCUCAAGUUAUCCUUUUCAAGGCAAAUUGUAUUUAAACCAACACUAUUAUGAACUCGGCGGACUUUGCAAAUUAUAUAAAAAAUCUAUAUUUAUCACUUUUAUUUCAGGCCUCGACAGAAGAAAAAGACUUGCAGACUCCAGGGUAGUCAUAACCCAACAUUUUACUGAAAGAACCGUCACUUCAGGGGGCGAUAUCAGCAUGCAGUGUGCUGCCUCUGGCGACAGGCCACCGCAGUUUGUAUGGGAGCGUGAUGGUAUCGUUGUGUCCAGUACUACUGAUCCAAGAUACGCUCUCGGUCAGUUGAUGACGUCAGACAAUUCGGUAGUGACACAGCUAAACAUCACUAGAGUCAGGGUUGAAGAUGGAGGUCUAUAUACGUGCACAGCAAGAGAAGGAGACCAUGUAGCUUCUCAUGAGAAUCGGCUGGAUGUUUAUGGGCCACCAUACAUCCGAUCACUGCCACCCAUCAAAGUCCAAAGUGGAGAAUCUGUGAAUUUGAGAUGUCCAUUCUAUGGAUAUCCUAUCAGUAAAAUCGAUUGGGAAUACAAAGGCAAACUUUUAACAUCCAACGCUAUUUUCCAAACACGCUACAAAAGAUCCCAUUCAAAACGGAAAACAAGACGAAAUGCUCCAAGCGUCAACAUCAAUGGGAUUCUAUCUAUACCUGAGAUAUCUAAGGAGUCCAAUGGAGCUAUAUACACCUGUAUAGUAACCAGCCCAUCAGGAGAAAUGGCUAGAAGAGCCUUUGAGAUACAGGUCAUAGAAGCACCUGUUCUAGAUGAUCUGUUAUUAGGAACGAAUUUGCAAGAAGGUCAAAUUGUAAAUAUUUAUUGUAAUGUACGUACCGGGGAUUUGCCGAUCCAUUUUGAGUGGCUGAAGGAUGGGAAAAGGAUUCCUAGUGCUUUGAAGGUAGUGGAAAGAAAUUCCGAGCUAUUCAGUGCUCUAGUAAUAAAGAAGGUGUCUUUGGAGCAUUGCGGGACGUACACCUGCGUUGCAUCGAAUCACGUAGCGAAAGUUAAUCGGUCGACUGAGUUGUAUAUAAAAGUGGCGCCAAAGUGGCUUGAAGAACCAACAAACUCCUCACUUCUUCUGGGGAGGAAAGGGGCAGUGUCUUGUAGCGCCAGUGGAUACCCACAGCCACAAGUGCACUGGAUGAAAAAGGAUGCUCUCCUAGGUACAUGGCAACCAGUUCUGGAGCUUGCUGGUGGUGGUAUCCUCAGUCUUCCUAAUGGGACCCUGAUUAUUGAGGAGGUGUCGCUAGCAGACGAGGGAUUGUAUUCCUGUAAUGUUGAGAAUGGUGUUGGGCAGCCAUUGAGCAAGACUGUCUGGAUGAGUGUUAAUAAGCCCGUCCAUUUUGAAUCAUCAUCAACAAACGUGACGUCACAACUUGGCCACCCCUUCACAUUAGAAUGUAAACCUUUAGGAGAUGAACCAAUCAGAGUGACGUGGACCCAUGAUGGUAAUACACUGGAGUUUGUUAAUCAAAGAGCAAAAGUAUCAGAAACAAAGACCGCUCUUGGUGUGAUCAGUACGAUAAACCUUCAGUAUUCGGAGACAGCAGACGCUGGACUGUACCAGUGCAGAGCAAGUAAUCCUUAUGGAACUGCUAGUUUUAAUGUGCAUCUAACUAUAUUAGAGCCCCCCACGCCGCCGUCGGACGUCCGCGUGGAGUCGGUGCGCGCGCGCGGCGCCGUGCUGUCGUGGCGCGACACGCUGCGGGCGCACGCGCGCCACUACAGCCUGCAGUACUCGCACACGCACUACAGCGACGCCAUCUGGGAACAUGCUACUACUAUUAAUGUUACGAGGAAAGAACAGGACCUCCGUCAAACGAUGGAGCUUCAAAACCUCCGCCCAGCAACGCCUUACGCCGUGCGGGUCGCUACUGGGAACGAGGUCGGAGUGUCCAUGUACACCGCACCAAUACAUUUCACUACCCCUGAAGAAGCUCCAUCAUCAGCUCCGGUGAAUUUACAAGUGGAACAGACGGAGAACCCUGGAGAACUGUACGUGUCGUGGUCGGCGCCGUUGAAGGAGACUCAUAACGGAGUUAUCGUUGGAUAUCAUGUUAAAGCUGUGCCUCAGAGUAUAGGUUCAGUUUCGGAUGAGGCUGACACUAGAACUGUGAAAGUGUCUCAAAUGUCUGGAAAACAAGAAACCCUACUUAGCGGACUGAUGAAGAAUACCAGGUAUGCUGUUUCUGUGUCAGCCUUCACGAAUGCUGGGUCCGGACCAUUCUCUCUACCUGUAUUUCAAGAUACAAGAGAGGGAGCUCCAGAACAAGCUCCAUCAUCAGUGGAGUGUACCGCAGUGUCCUCCACAUCAUUGAGGAUCGGAUGGCAGCCGAUAGGUCUUCCUGGACAAGGAAACUCUUUAGUAGGAUAUACCGUGUUAUAUGCUACGGACGAAGCGGCCUGGCAGAAUCAAACGUCGUUGCAUACAGAGCUCUAUCUUCAAGGCCUGCUAAAGUACACAAACUACACUUUGAAGGUGGCUGGAUUCUCAAACUACGGAGCUGGACCAUAUUCUUAUCCAAUCGUCUGCGCUACAUUACAAGAUGUGCCGGGACCGCCAGCAGACAUCAAAGUUCUAGUCCUAUCUUCGUCAUCACUGCUCAUUAGUUGGAAGAAACCCACCCAUCCGAAUGGGGAACUGCUCUACUAUACUGUCUAUGUAAAGCCAACUUCAAGCAAUGGUCCGCCACAGACAUUCCGCGUAGAAGCGGAAGGUCGGUGUAGUGCCGAGGUGAAGGAGCUGACGGCGGGGCGCACGUACGAGGCCUGGGUGGCCGCCAGCACCGCCGCCGGCCAGGGCGCCGCCUCUGCCAGGGCCGCGCACACGCCUACACACAGAGUGGUGGCUGGAGUCGCGUCUCUUGGUGGGACAGUGUCCGUGGGAGUGGGGAGCUCUCUGCUACUGGUAUGCCAAUGUGUUGGCAUCCCGCCACCGCGCACCGUAUGGUACCACAAGCACAACAUCAUCACUCAUCAUCCGAGAUUCACUAGGAAUCAUGAUGACAGCCUCUUAAUUAAUAACAUAGACCAAUCCCUCAGUGGGAACUACACGUGCUUAGCCAAGAACCUAUACGGUUCUGACUCGGUGGAGUACACCGUGAUAGUACUGCCGCUACCUGAAGCUCCGAUACUAAGAGCGACGCCGUAUAAAGACUCUAUACUCGUAGAAUGGGAACAGCCUUACUAUUCGAUUAGUAAUAAGACUGCUGGGCAGAAGAUUAGUUACAGUCUAACUUGGAAAGAGGCCAAUAGUCCGUGGCGGGAAGCAUGGCCAACGAACAAGCUGCCCAAUCUGUCCGGAGUUCAGAAACACGCUCUAACCGGACUGAAGUGCGGCACCAAGUACUCUUUACGAAUCACAGCGACUAACAAAGUUGGGACCUCACAACCUGCUUAUUUGGACGUCAGUACUUUGGGAGGAGUACCAAUACCACCCGUAACCAACGAAUGGCUCUGGAGCAAUGCCUCCCACAUCUACGUGCAGCUGGCUGGCUGGGACCACGGAGGCUGUCCGCUGAGGGUCCUCGAUGUGGAGUACAAGCAGCUGGGCGCUCGGGCCUGGACUAGAGCUCAUAAUAAUAUGCCAUAUUCAGAACUAUCAUCGUGGAACCUCCCAUCUCUGUACCAAACAAAGAUCCCGACGUACGCUGUCUCGGAUUUAUCGCCGGGCACUUGGUACCAGGUGCGAGUGACCGCGACAAACGAAGCUGGAAGUAUCACUACAGUCUAUAACUAUGCUACGAAGAAUGAGGAUGGCAGUGAAAUUGGUCCCCCAUCCGAACUCUUCGAUUUGAACAUGCUGGUGAUAAUCUGCAGUUCCAUACUCCUCACCAUAUGCCUUCUAAGCUGCAUAUAUAUCCUGGUCAAGAGACAAAGAACCGGCAACCUUACAGAAUACCGGGACUCCAUAACGGUGGACAACAAAUCGGAGAGCGGCAACCUGACGGCGAACACAUCACACACGAAUCUCGCCAAUGUGAAGGAAAAUGCAAUGAAUGCUCAGAACAGGAUAUACAGUGCUCCGAUACAUAUGCGGAAUAAUAGUAAACAUGAGUUGUACGAGAUAAGCCCAUACGCCCAGUUUGCUGUCGGCUUCCGGACGUUCGGUCACGUGGAGAACCAGGACAUGCCCAGUCGACACGCCAAACACAGAUACGAUACUGAAACCAGUUUUCAAGUGUGUUCAGAAUCUGAGGACAGUGACAGCAUAUCAAAAUCCACCCUUAAAAGUGUUCCAAGAAAAGUCUGCCGAACCCCGCACCACAGAUAACUAAGCAGUGAAUUUCAGUACCCAAACUCAUUCGUCUCCAAGGACCAUAUUUCUUAAAAACUCCGAAAAGUUCUAGCUACUCACUGCCUACAAUUUUGUUAUUCAAACUUUUAGAAUAAACGUAUACUAAAACUACAUAAAUAUUAAAAUAGAAAAUUGAUAGAAAUAAGACAAUAUGGAUUUGGAAAGAAACAAAAAACCUUAUGACAUUCAGCUUUUAAAUCUAUAUCUA